AUGGACGAAUUUGCAAGCGACACCGAUAGCGACUACACCAGCUACUGGAGAGAUUGGUUCAUCUCAUCCCGUGGCAACGAGUACUUUUGCGAAAUCGACGAAGACUACCUGACCGACCGCUUCAACCUGACUGGCCUCAACACCGAAGUCCAGUACUACCAGUAUGCCUUGGAUCUCGUGACCGAUGUUUUCGACAUGGAGGUCGACGAUGACAUGCGAGAGCAGAUCGAGAAGGCGGCAAGACACUUAUAUGGCCUUGUACAUGCUCGUUACAUCGUAACUACACGCGGACUAGCCAAAAUGAUGGAGAAAUAUAAGCAAGGAGUCUUCGGCAAAUGUCCACGAGUGAUAUGCGAAUCCCAACACUUACUACCAAUGGGCCAACAUGACGUCCCGAACUGCUCAAACGUCAAACUCUACUGCGCUAAGUGCGAGGACAUCUACAAUCCAAAAUCUUCUCGCCACAACAGUAUAGACGGCGCCUACUUCGGCACCAGCUUCCACAACAUUCUCUUCCAGGUCUAUCCCGCACUAAUGCCACAAAAGACACAACGGCGCUACGAACCACGGAUAUACGGAUUCCGCGUCCAUGCUUCUGCCGCACUAAUGCGAUGGCAGGAGGAGAGACGGGAAGAAAUGAAGGAGCGACUACGAGGUCGUGGAAUGGAGACUACGUUCGAGCGGGAGGACGAUGGGGACGAGAGCGUCGAGAGUGAAGAGGAAGAGGGCGAGCAGGAGCAGGAGGGUAUUGACGAUAUGUUUGAGGGCCAGAUGCAGGCUGUGCAGUAG